UCUGUCAAGACAGAAUUUUCGACAACAUCGCCUGCCUUGAAGGAUUCUUCAGACAUGACUCAAGAUCAAGAAAAUGGUUCAGGGGCCAAUGACAGUUCAGAACGACCGAAAUGCUUCAACAGCACAUUCCAAGAAGUUCUCUUUGUCCUAACUGCCACCAUGGCCAUUGGCCAGCAGUCAUUCUUCCAGGGCUGUAUUGUGGGAGUAACAGCAUCAAUUGGCAAGGAUUUACAUAUGAAUGCCGCCGAAAUCACCUGGAUUAAUGCCGGUGCUUCCCUCACCAGUGGCGCCUUCCUGCUUACCUUCGGGAAGCUAGCUGACAUGUUCGGACGGAAGGUGCUCUUCGUCAUCGGCAUGGCUGGUUUCACUUUCUCACUGCUUAUUGCUGGCUUCGCAACAAACGCCAUCUAUAUGGAUGUCUUCUCGGGAAUUUCAGGUUUAUUCGCAGCCGCUGUUGUCCCACCCGCGGUCGGUGCCCUGGGUGCUACUUAUGAGACGCCCUCGAAGCGCAAGAAUCUUGCUUUUGCCUGCUUCAGCGCGGGAAACCCGCUGGGUUUUGUCGGCGGCAUGAUCAUCUCCGGUGUCGCGGCGCAUUUGUAUAACUGGCGUGCUUCCUUAUGGACUCUCUCUGUUGUCUAUGCCAUCUUUACCAUUUUGACCGUGUGGACUGUGCCGGCUGAUGGGUUUGAUAGAGCGCCUUUGAGCUUUGAGACUAUGAAACAAUUUGAUCUCCUCGGGACGGCGCUGGUUAUUGUUGGGUUUGCGUUCUUUUCGAGUUCGCUUUCUCUCGCUGCAGAUGCACCAGAUGGAUGGAAAACGGGAUACGUCCUUGCUCUGUUUAUUGUGGGCUUUUCCCUUCUUGUGGCGUUUCUGUACUGGCAGUCCGUUGCUAAACACCCUCUGAUGCCUCUUUGGGUUUGGCGAGAUCGGAACUUCUCUCUUCUUAUUGCAACUUGCUGCCUUGGCUUCAUGGGUUUCUCUUCCGUCAGCUUCUUCCUCGCCCUCUACCUUCAAAACUUGAAACAUCUGUCUGCCCUUGAAAUCACCGUCCAGCUACUCCCAAUGGUCGUCAGCGGAACAAUAGUCAAUAUCAUCUGCGGUCUGAUCCUGCACCGCGUAAGCAACAAAAUUCUAACCGGCAUCGGAGCCCUGGCGUACACAGUCGCGUUCCUGAUCCUGAGCUUCAUGAAGGAAGAUGCUACCUACUGGGCAUAUAUAUUCCCAGCGCUAGUUCUUGUCGUUGUUGGUGCUGAUAUUCAAUUUAACGUUACAAAUAUGUACGUGAUGUCCACCCUGCCGCCAUCCCAGCAAUCCAUCGCCGGUGGCAUCUUCAACACCGUAAACAAGUUGUGCAGCAACCUGGGCCUUGGAAUUGCUACUUCUGUACAAAGCUCGGUCGCCCAUCAGAUGACCGCUUCUACGCCUGCAAUUCGGCCUUACCUCUCGGUUUACUGGUUUUCAGCUGCGGCUACGGGACUGUCUCUGGUUUUGGUGCCAUUCUUGACAAUUGAUAAACAGGGAAAUUCUGUCCCGCAAAAUGACCAGUUGAUUUCCGGCGAGGACGCUGGUGAGAAGACAGCUGUUACUGUCAAUACGAAUUCUGUGGAUUCCUCUGCUGUGGAUAUCACGGAACACGAGAAGAGGUAG